AUGCUGUUGACAAGCUCAGCGGGAUUUAUUCUGUUCUUGCUCUCUCAUUGCACUGUGACAGAGAGCACCAAAGAGGCAGUGGUCUUGGCUAAUGCCCACCUUCUCCCCCAAAGAGGCUACGAGAGACUGGGUAACACCAAUGAAAAAGGUACUCAUGAAGAGAACUAUCCAAGGGAUUGUUUUGAGAUUUUUCAGCGCUCCAAAGGAAAUUCCAGAGAUGGUCUUUACAUCAUCCAACCAAAGGAGGACCCAAUUGUUGUCUCUUGUAACAUGCAGGAUGGUGGCUGGACAGUAAUCCAGCACAUUACAGCCAAUAGUACUGUCGACUUUGAUAGGACCUGGCAGGAUUACAAAUAUGGAUUUGGGUCUGUUCAUGACAACCACUGGUUAGGAAAUGAAUAUAUACAUCAGUUAACCAGCAGCUCCGUGCAAUAUAUACUUGGAGUUAAACUUGUAAACCUAAAUGCUGAAAUCAAAUGGGGACAGUAUGAACCAUUCCUUAUUGAAGAUGAAGAGUCUCAAUACCGAAUCAGGGUUGGUCUAUACAAAGGCAACGCCACUGAUGCUCUGACCCUGGACACGGAAGCUUAUCUUCAUGACAACCAGAAGUUCACCACCAAGGACAGAGACAAUGACAAUUAUUUUCAGAAUUGUGCUAAACUGGAACACAAUGGUGUUCCCGGGGGAGGCUGGUGGUACGAUGCGUGUGCUGGAGCAAAUCUAAACCGUAGGAACGUGAUAUACUGGCAAAAGGACUGCAACAAGCAACGCAUAUGCAAGUUUGCAUGGAUGAUGAUCAAACCCAUUGACCACAGACUGUCAUAUCCAGCCAAGUCCUGUCCAUGUCAGAAAGUUGAACUGUAG